AAACAAAACAAACAAAACCUUCUCCUCCAUCUUCCCAACAAAACUCACUCUUCCCCAAACCAUGGACAUGGACAACCCUCACAACUGGCUUGCCUUCUCCCUUUCCCAUCAACCUUGUCUUCUUGAAGCCUUCUCCUCCUCUCCCCAUGGGGAGGAAGGAGGAGGAGGAGAGGUGGAGAUGAUGGGAGGGAGAGAAGGGCCAAAGCUGGAAGAUUUUUUAGGAGCUUUUCCAACUGAAGGAGGACACUAUGAUGCUUCUGACUUGAAGUCUAUUGCUGCCGGUUUACUCCGGCCGGACUCUUCCACCGUCUCUGCAGCCACUGAUGCUCUUGUUCCUGCUCCUGCCGAUGCUCGCCGUCCUGUUGAUACCUUCGGCCAACGCACCUCCAUCUACCGCGGUGUCACCCGACACCGGUGGACGGGGAGGUAUGAAGCGCAUCUAUGGGAUAAUAGUUGCCGGCGGGAAGGGCAAAGCCGGAAGGGAAGACAAGUCUACUUGGGUGGGUAUGAUAAGGAGGACAAAGCAGCGAGAGCGUAUGACCUGGCGGCGCUCAAGUACUGGGGUCCGACGACCACCACUAACUUUCCAGUAUCAAACUACGAGAAAGAGCUUGAAGAGAUGAAGAACAUGACCAGACAAGAGUUUGUAGCUUCUCUUCGGAGGAAGAGCAGUGGCUUCUCCAGAGGCGCUUCCAUUUACAGAGGAGUCACAAGACACCAUCAACAUGGAAGAUGGCAAGCAAGAAUUGGCAGAGUUGCUGGUAACAAGGACCUCUAUUUAGGAACUUUCAGUACGCAAGAAGAAGCAGCGGAAGCGUAUGAUAUUGCUGCUAUUAAGUUUAGAGGACUUAAUGCGGUGACGAACUUCGAUAUGAGCCGAUAUGAUAUAAAGAGUAUCAUUAAUAGUAAUCUACCUAUAGGUGGCAUGACAGGGAAGGGUUCAAAGACAUCAGAAUCAUCUUCUUCAUCUUCUGAUGCUCUUAGCAUUGAUGUUAAACAAUCAAUUGAGUGUCAUGAUGCUUCAUCGUCUAUUGGUUUUGCUGCUUUGCCUGUGAAAUCAUCAGAUCAGGAUUACUGGUCCUUUCUUGCACUUCAGCAGCAGCAGCAGCAGCAGCAAAAUAGCAGUAAUGGUGCAUUAGGGUUUAGUGUGUUCUCUAAUGGUGUUAAUAUGGGUUUCAUGAGUAGUUCACAUGAUCAGCAGAAUAACAUGAUGGGACAUGGAUCAGGGUGCUAUGUUUGGAACAACAAUGGGAUGGUUGGAGAACAACAAGAACAAAGUAGUAGUUGUAAUUCAAUGCCAUAUGGAAGUACUGCAACAACAUCAUCAUCUUCAUACUAUGAAGGAAACAACAACUAUGUUGGAAACUGGGGAGCAGUUGCACCAAACUCAUCAACUGCUUAUUACCAGUAUGAAACUGGAAAGACAAACAUGGGGCUUGUUCAGACACCCAUUUAUGGGAUAGAAUGAUGAUAGAUUUGCAUGGAGAGAGAAAGAGAGAUCUAGAGAAGUGAAG